GUUAAUUUUACAAUGAUUAGAUUUGGAAAAUCACCAUAACCCAUUUAAAAGAACCCCAAAAAAGCAGACAAUUUAGAAAUUCUCACUUUGCUAGACAAUUGCACAUGUAAUUAUUCUACUAAAAAUUAGUAAUCUUCAAGGAUGAUAGGAUAGCAUUAAGAAAUAUGGUUAAAGAUGGCAAUCAAGAUGUCAUUGCAAUACUGAAUCACUAUAAAAAGGGCAAUAAUCUUAAAGACUUGUCAACUGAUUUAAGGAAAUACCUUAGAAGAAAGGGAGACAAAGAAAACGAAAAGGUUCUCACUUGUCAAUCUCCUACAUCCAACAGAAUGUAAAAAGUAUAGCAAUUGCAACUUCAACCUUUACAAAACAGUUAAAAGAAAUCUUGUCCUGAUUUAUGGAAACCAGUUGAAUAGCAAUCUCCAAAAACAAUCAACUUAGGUAAAACUAAUUAGUUUGUGAAUGAAGUCCAAUUUUCAGAAAUCGUACUUUCAGCUAGAAAUCAAAAUGAAUCUAAAGACAUCGAAUAAACCUAUUUCUAAACUAAUGUCUCUUAAUAAUAUGCAUUUCAUCAACCAGCUCAUAAUUAACUCGACCAUUCUUAAACAAUUCAAUAGAGCAGUUAAUUAUAAAAUAGUUAACAACAUCAAUUAUAGGAUUAAGACAUUGAUAUCAAUCAAGAGGAUGAUCUCCAAUCUGAAUCUUCAAACGAAAGCAUUUUAAACUAGAUCACAUAGCCACCUCCUCAAAUCCAAGACAUUACUCCAAAAAAUGAAGUCAAACCAUCCUAAUUAUUUCAAAGUGGCCAUUCCACCUAUAUACAAAUUAACACCGCCUAAUCUUAUCUUUAGCCUCUAUUGGCAAUCCAAGACAAAACAGCAAAUACCCAUAAAUCAUAAGAAACUGAAAAUCAAAUUAUUGUUAAUGACUCUCAAAAAUACUACAGCUUUUACAAUUAUUAAGAUUAUUAAAAAGCAGCUCAACCACAAUACAAGCAUUUAUUCACUCAUUGGCCGUCUCUACUACAUAAAUUAGAUGAACCUGAAUAUGUUCCAAAUUGUAGAGUUGUUCCAUAUAUUAAUGCUACUCCUGAACAAAUAUUUACCAUUCUCUUUCCGAAUUCAAGCAGAGCCAAAAUUAGUUAUUAUGCGUUUGAGAACUAGCUAAAACACAAUUUAUUACAAAUUGAUAGGGACUCUCUCUUCAAGGAAUUAGAUAAGGAUUAAGACGAUUGGAUUAAUUAUAGUGAAACUGGUGUUAUUCUAGAAGGUUUGUGUUUGUAAGUAGAAUAACCAAAGAAUUGCGUGAAGGUCAUUUUCGAAACUUUGAAAUCCACUCCUUCUAUUCCAAACACUUUAAGUCUUUCAGAUCUUGAAGAAUUUGAAAAAAAAACAGAUUUUCAAUUUGCAAGAUAGUACAUAUUAUUUAUUAAUAUUUAAGAUUAAUGUAAGAAGUAGAUGGUAAUCAAAAAGGGUAUCUAACUUAUUGGGAUUUAUAUAUGCAUCGUGAUAUAUUUCUAAUGGAAAGAUUAUGCUAAAUAGUUUCAUCAAUUACAGGUGCCACCCAUACACAUUAUUGACUUUUAAAUUAUUAUUAAUAUUUAUAAUU